GCUUCCUCGCCGGCCGCGCGUCCCUCGAUCUGGAUCGGCAUAAAUGAAUGAAACACAGGGGAAUAUCGGCAGACAAUUGCGCAGGAAAACUCUCUGUCAAAACCGGCCUGCCAGAAGGAAUUUAUGUCGGGCUUGACAGGAAAACCAACAUGAGUUUUUUCCCCUGGAACUUCAUCCCGAGCUUGUCAAAUGUGUAAAACGGCGACCGGUGUCUUCUGCCCCCCUUGCGAAGGAGUCACGCUGUGAUUAACGGUCAGGUUUUUGACUGCCAGGACAAAUGAAUACAAAUGAAUUUAGGCACCCGAAGGAGAGAUUGCAGAACCUCUCAUCUAGACACAAAGAGAGCCCUAUUGCUCUGUACCGUAUUAUAUUGUACUUGUUACCUGGGACUCACACAAGUACACCCUGAAGAUGUGGACAUCCUCCAAAAGCUGGGGCUCAAGGGAGAGAAACCGUCGCGCUCUGUGCCUGCAGGGGUCAUUCCAUUCAGAUCGGGGGUCAUCCUCAACCAGCGGGCCCACAUUGAAACCCCAUUGCGCUCAGUCUUCCCAGCGGCCAACUGGUCCGACCUGGCUCUGGUCCUGAGUGUGCGCUCACACCGUGUCAACAGCGCUUUCCUCUUCACCUUGCUCUCGGGCCGCAGGAAGCUCCUUCUGGGCCUGCAGCUCGCACCGGGACAUCUGGUCCUGCACACGGGGCCAAACGCCUCGGUGGCCCUGCCCUAUGAGCCCCACGAUGGUCAGUGGCACCAGCUGGGAGUGGGAAUUAACGGACAGAGAGUGACUCUUUAUGCCUCCUGCGGAGAGCAGAGUGUUCAUGCAGACUUUGGGUGGGACGGUGAGGAAGGACUGGCUCAGGAGCUCCAUGGCUCCUUCUUGUUGGGCAGGACAAGCCAGCAGCAGGCGUCAGCACACUUCGAAGGAGCCAUCUGCCAAUUUGACCUGGUCCCUUCUGCGCAGGCGGCUCACAACUACUGCAGGUACAUAAAGAAACAGUGCAGGGAGGCUGACACAUACAGGCCUAACCUUCCCCCCUUGUUGCCUAUCAUACCGCGAGAAGCAAACACCACGGCUACGCCUGCUACCCAUAAACGCGGUGGCUCCGAAGCGCAGAGGAAGACCCCGGGGCAGGGCCUGGCCAGGAGCGCCGCCGCUGCCGCCUCGGCUGUCAGACGGGUGGCCCCAACCCAAACAAUAAAGCCCGGCAUCGUCCCCACACCCCAUCCGGGGACGUCGAUACCCUCCACGGUCCAGCUCGGUUUGGCCUCCCCGCCCCCAAAGGCCAGGACCGAGACGGUCACAGCGCCACUCAGGACAAGAGUAUCCCCGACUAAGCCACCGAACCCUACGCCCACCAAUUCUAAAGAUUCAAAUCAUAAACCCUCCAAACCCACCCCCCCGAAGCCCACUCCUCACAACAGCCCCAAAAAGGCUAUUGCGGCAACAGACAACAAGAAGAAACCUACUAUUGCAGCCACUACCGCCCCCAAGCCCUCCAAGAUAAAGCCUGUUUCUGCCUUAUUAGAACAAGGUGCCCUCCCCAAAAAAAACCAACCCACCACAGCCAAGAAACCAUCGCCCAAGCCGAAAGUUACGCCAUCCAAAGCCACUCCGCCCAAACCCAAAACAAAUUCCGUCAAAGUUGUCCCUUCCAAACCAACAGUAUACAAAGUCAACCCUUCAAAGUCAACAGUCUCCCAAACUACAAAUUCUAAAACCUCCAAGUCAGUCACCAAGCAGGUCGUCAAACCGACGAAGCAAGCCAAAACCACCAGGGCCGCCGCAGUCACCCCUCGACCAACCAGAUCGUCCUACAACGCUGCGACGCCACCUGCUACUGAUGGUUUCCUGAGCUGGGAGGUGCCACCCACUCAGUUCUCCCUGCUGGCUGGACCCAUAGGACAGAAAGGAGAAGCAGGCCCACCGGGACUGUCCGGACCUCCAGGGAAGCUAGGCCUGCCAGGCAAGAAGGGUCCUCGGGGCGCCGCCGGUCCCCAUGGAAACCCUGGCCGACCUGGUCAGCCCGGGCUCAAGGGGAGAAAAGGAGACCCUGGCGUAUCAUCUGGGCCAGCACCCAAAGGGGAGAAGGGAGACCCGGGGAUUGUCGGCCCAGUUGGUGUGAUUGGCCAAGAGGGUCGGAAGGGACAGAAAGGUUACCCCGGUCCACAUGGACUCCCUGGAGAGCCUGGAGAGCAAGGUCCAGUCGGAAGCCCAGGUGCCAAAGGUUAUCCUGGCAGGCAGGGUUUACCGGGGCCGGUAGGACCGUUGGGGCCUAAAGGCGUUCGGGGUUUCAUUGGAAUCCCGGGGCUCUUUGGCCUGCCCGGCCCUGAUGGCGAAAGAGGCAUUCCCGGCGAACCAGGGAAGAGGGGCAAGAUGGGUAGGCCGGGGUUUCCAGGCGACUUUGGCGAGAGAGGACCACCUGGACCAGAUGGAGAGCCAGGGGAGCUGGGAGCCCCCGGUCCAAAUGGAGUUCUUGGGCUUAUUGGUGACACGGGACCUUUGGGAGAGAUGGGCCUUCCAGGACCCAAUGGACUGAAGGGUGUGCCCGGAAAUCCAGGAGAACCAGGACUGAAAGGUGAUAAGGGGGACGUGGGGAUUCCUGGAGAGCAAGGGGAGAUCGGGUACAGUGGAGACAAGGGCAUCCAGGGGGCUCCAGGGUUACCUGGCAUCCGUGGGAAACCAGGACCACAGGGCAAGAUAGGAGAGAGAGGCCCUGGGGGCGCACCUGGACCACCAGGUCCUGAGGGUUUCCCGGGCGACAUGGGACCUCCGGGGGAGAACGGCCUUGAAGGACCAAAGGGAAAAGUAGGGGUCAGAGGUUUACCCGGACCACGAGGGGUACCGGGACUGGAGGGAGAUGAAGGCCCGAUCGGACCACCAGGCCAAACAGGACUGGAGGGCAGAAUGGGAAGAAAAGGUUUUCCCGGGAAGGUUGGGCCGGAGGGCAUUAAGGGAGAGUCCGGUGUCACAGGAAAAGCGGGAACCAUGGGAGAAAGAGGUUUGGUGGGUUUCAUCGGAGCCGUGGGAGAGGCAGGACUGGCAGGAGAGAAGGGGGAUCGAGGGGAGAUGGGUCUUCCCGGACCCCUCGGAGAAAAGGGAACAACGGGUCACCCAGGGACACCGGGCGACACAGGGCCCACGGGACCACCAGGAAGACCCGGCUCUCCUGGAGCCGCCGGGCCAGCCGGUACCAGAGGAGCCAAAGGCCUGCGGGGAGCGAUAGGGCCCGACGGUCCGACAGGAGAGUUGGGGUUAGAGGGCAAGACGGGAACAGAUGGUCCUCCAGGAAAAAUAGGUUUCCCUGGACCAGAGGGGAAGAUCGGAGAGUCUGGAGAAACCGGGCCUAAAGGUUUUCCUGGGAUCCAAGGGCCCUCGGGGCCUCCAGGGGACAAGGGGAUAGCAGGCGAGCCGGGAUCCCCUGGGCCACAAGGGACCGUUGGACUAUUGGGAGAAGUUGGUCAAAAGGGUCCUCUGGGCAAGGCGGGGGAACCGGGACUGCCAGGCGAGCCGGGGGAGAAGGGAGCCGUUGGAGCUGUCGGGAACAUCGGAGAGCAGGGACUCAUCGGGCAGCGGGGGGAGCCCGGCCUGGAGGGAGAAGCCGGUCCAGCUGGUCCCGAUGGCAGCAAGGGGGAAAAGGGCGACGUGGGCCAGGAGGGCGACAACGGGGAAAAGGGCGAAAUCGGGCUAAAGGGAAAAGAGGGCCCGCCCGGAAGCCCCGGACUCUCCGGCGUCAGAGGUCCAGAAGGGAAACCUGGCAAAUUCGGGGAGAGAGGCAAACAAGGGUCAAAGGGUGCCAAAGGUCAUCAGGGUCACCUCGGGGAGACUGGCGCGGUGGGGAAGACUGGACCACCAGGUUUCGUCGGGCAGAAGGGAUCCAGAGGAACCAUUGGACAUGUGGGAGCUCCUGGUCGGAUGGCUGAACAGGGGGAACCUGGCAUUGCCGGUUAUGAGGGCCAUCAGGGACCACAGGGCCCCAUGGGGCCUCCAGGACCAAAAGGUGAAAAGGGCGAGCAGGGGGAUGAUGGCAAGGUAGAGGGUCCUCCUGGUCCUCCAGGUGACACAGGAACUCCAGGUGACAGAGGGGAGAGAGGAGAAUCAGGAGAUCCGGGGUAUAAAGGUCAAGUUGGUCCGGACGGCGGGAGAGGCCGCUCUGGAGCUCUUGGACUACCUGGACAGCCUGGACCUCGCGGGCAGCAAGGACCUAAAGGGGCCAAAGGAGAUCAAGGUCAAAAAGGCAAAAAGGGUCAUUCGGGACAAAAAGGAACCAGAGGAGUGGAGGGUGCGGGUGGUCUCUCCGGCCCCCGAGGUGUGGUGGGUCGAGAGGGGCAGGAGGGGGUGCCCGGGAUGGAUGGAGUCCCAGGAAAGGACGGCAGUAAAGGGAUGCCGGGAGAGCAUGGGGACGAUGGGGAGGCUGGUCUUCCCGGCAAGGCGGGCUCACGCGGGAAAGCGGGCGUUCCAGGACUCCCAGGAGAUCAGGGGACCAUCGGAGCAAAGGGUGAACAGGGGCACCGAGGCCAGAGUGGACCUCCGGGGAAACGAGGCUUCAGAGGUGGAAUGGGGUUGCCGGGGCAACAGGGAGACCGAGGACCUAAAGGACAACUUGGUGUCACAGGGGAACCAGGAUUUCCUGGAAUUUUUGGAGUUUCUGGACCAAGGGGGCCUCCUGGAGACUUUGGGCCAAAGGGGACACGGGGGCCAAAGGGGCCGCAGGGCGCAAUGGGCAGAGGAGGAGUGCAUGGCCCCGUGGGGAUUAUCGGCCCUAAUGGAAGCGCAGGUCCUAGAGGAGAGAAGGGCAAUCGUGGAGAGACUGGAUUUCAUGGUCCAAGGGGUUCUCCUGGACCUCGUGGGCUCCCUGGACCUCCAGGUCGCCCCGGUGUUCCUCUAUCAUUUGUGGAAGAUGGUCUUUUGUUUAUGGAUUCAUACACCUCACUCAGGACUGAGAAUAAGCCAGUGAUGGACCUGCCGAUGCUGGACCAGGGCGCAGAGAUCUUUAAGACCCUCCACUACCUCAGUACCCUGAUCCAGAGCCUGAAGAACCCACUGGGCAACCGGGACAACCCUGCUCGCAUCUGCAGGGACCUGCACAGCUGUGAACAGAAGUUAAACGAUGGCACUUAUUGGAUGGACCCAAACCUGGGCUGCUCGUCAGAUACCAUAGAAGUCUCCUGCAACUUCACCGCAGGCGGACAGACGUGCCUGAAGCCAAUAACCCCGUCCAAGCCGCUCGUCAGCGUCGGGCGCGUCCAGAUGAACUUCUUGCACCUGCUGAGCUCCGAGGCGGAGCAGCACGUCAUCGUCCACUGUCUGAACGUCUCGGUUUGGAGGUCGGCUGAGGACGAGCCGCCCUCGCGCGGCUCCGUGCGGUUCAAAGCCUGGAGUGGGGAGGUGGUCGAGGUGGGAGGAGAGCUGGAGCCGGAAGUCAUAGAGGACUCCUGCUGGGUGAAAGACGGCCGCUGGCAUCAAACUCAUUUCGUGUUCCACUUCCUGGAUCCCUCUCUGCUCCCUGUGGUGGACAUCUACAACCUGCCCAGGACUACACCUGGCUCGCAUUACCACCUGGAAGUGGGUCCUGUAUGCUUCCUGUGAGGGACCCGCUGUGGACCUCCUUGUCCUGAAAAUGGAGGGACGGAUCAUCGGCCCUCGGUUGGGAAACCCUCAUGCGGGCAUGAAGAUCGGAGCAAUCUCCUCCAAUCCAUGGCAGAAAAUAAUCCAAGCAAGUGCAAGCCUCCCUGCAAACAGAUCCUGCUUCACUCUCCCAGACUCCCGUUGGACUGCAGACACAGAGGGAGGGAGCACGGGGGGGGGGGGGGGAGCAAAAGGAAAGGGUUGAGGAGGAGCAGGGGAGCUCUUGCACUAAUGGCUUCUCCAUUAAAGCUCUUCGAGAAGGAUCUCCACAUGUACGCCCGUCUGGAGAAAAAAGGCUCCAUGCCACGCAAUCUCUCGAGAACAUUGCUAAGUGAAGGGAGAGGUUAAUCAGCGGACAUUAUAGUAACUUAUUUUUUGAACUGUACACAGUCUGCAUACUGUGUACUUUAAAUACCAGGAAUUCAAUUCAGUUAGGAGAGAAGAAUUAAAGUAAUUGGGAUCAGUUAAAUGUACAUAUAUAUGUAUGCUCAUUAUUAACUUUUAUAAAUUAAUAUCUUAUGUAAAGAAAUAAUCUUCAAGUGCAAUAGAAAAUGAGAAGAUAAUUUGAUAUUUUAAAAAUAUAAGGAAGGAUUUUUCAGGGGUGCCAUUUUAUUUUCCUUUUGGUGCUAAUCUCCAUUUUAUCUUGUGCCCACGUGUGAGUAACCCCAGAAGCAGGCUCGUUUGCUUCAAUUGAGCAAAUGUCACAUCUAUAUUUACUGGUGCUCCCCAGAGGGGAGAUCAAGACCUUUAGUACAAUCCCAAAUAUUGGCAAACCAGUGUAAACUCUCAGUAGCAACGUCUGAAGCCACACGCUGAGGCACACAAGCCGUCCACAUGGAGCGUCAAUGCAUUCGAUACUUAUUCCUAUACUCAUUAGUCAUGUAUUGUACCAGAUGCCACUGUUGAUUAGGGACAAUAUCUGCGGUUGUAAUGGUAAAAGAAAAUAGUUCAAUAGAGUAUGGAGCUCUAAUAUUCAGUAGUGUUUUAUUCAUUUCUUUACAACUCUUAGAGGUCCAUUUCCUGCUUCCUUAAUAAUAGGAAACAGGAGGGAAAUAGUUCUUGUUUUGAAGGCACCACAUGGUACGAGGAGGAAGUCCUUCUAGCCCACUUAUAGUAGACAGACUACAGGUACAGGCAUUCCUUAGAGGAGAAGUGAGCCACAGGAGAGAGGGAAGUGGUUCGAUGAAUCCUAAUUAAACCCCAUCUUCCAUCCCAUCCUCUCUCUGAAGCAUGGUGCUAAGUCAAUGAUCUAAGGUGCUGACCAUAGAGCUGUAAUUACACCACUUUGAUGAAAUAUUCUGAUGUUCAUAGUGCAUGCUUGCAUAAUUAAAAAAAAGUCAAUACAACAUAUUGGCGUAGUUCCAUAAUGCACUAUAUAUAUAUAUAUAUAUAUAUAUAUCACAUCCCAAACCACAUAAUUUCCCUAAAAGUUAGUUUUUGUUUAUUGCUGCAAUUGACAAAUAUGCUUAUUCUGAUUUGGAAUAUUUUAGAGAUAACUAUAAAAACAGAUUACUCUUUUUGUAUCCAUUAUAAAUCACAGGGUUUAAGUAUUUUUUCAAGAAUAAAAUGAUAUUAUACUCUGUACAAAGCCCCCCACAGCUGUAUGUAAUAUUAUUUAGAAACACAACUGGCGGUGAUAGUUUUGAUUAAAAUAAAGUUUCUUUGUUGUAGCUGGACACAAGUGUGUAUAAUUGUGCAAACUUUGCUGUAAACAGUGGAUCCCCUCCUGCUAAUUUAAUGUUAUUUAAUGUUGUUAACGUUGUUGCUGACUGAGCAAGUUCUGUUGGUUGAAGCAAUACUACUCUUUAUAUAUCAGUUUCCCCAACUGGUCUUGGAGUUAAUAGUUUUUUUAUGUGUAAAUUUGGGGCUCCAGAGAACAAAUUUAUUGCAAUGCUAAUUAUCUUUUAUUUUUUAAAUUUUUGUUAAUUUGCUCUGUUGUUUUUCCUCUAUGAUAAUCAACCAUGUACUGUACCAGAAUUCUGUGCUAUAAUAUAACGUGUUUUAAAUAAUUAUGCAAAUAUGUGAAAAUGUUUCUUCUUUUUGUAAAUCUGUUUUUAGACAUUAAAACGAGCUAAGAAUACCUCACAUUUUUACCCAUUAUGGAGCAAAGAUUUUCUUUUGCCUUUAUAAUAAAAGCCUGUCUGUAAAUAUCAGCCAAACACAGACAGUCAUCAAACAAGAUCAUUUCUGGUGCCAGCAUCUUAUCUCUGUCUUCUUGUUCAAUAAAU